CCGGGGCUGGUAGACUCUGCCGGAAGAAGUGUUAGGGGGAGAGAGAGAGGGAGAGCGAGCGAGGCGAAGAAAAAUGUCGGCGGCGUCAUCGUCUCUUGAGCAGAAGCUGUCGCGGCUGCAGGAGCGGCUGAAGCAGGAGAAGCGCGAGGCGAAGCCGCAGAUCGACCUCAGCCUGGACCUGCCGGCCCAGCCGAGCCCGCGCCGCGCCCGCCCCGUCAUUGUUGUUACCCUAGCUUCGCCCACUCGACAGCAAACACAAGUGGGUCUCACCCUGCAGCCUCCGACCCAGACCUCCACCUAUCAGAGCGAUGGGCAGAGGCACCAACACACACCAACGCAUGGAGCACAACACACGACACACACGCACCAGUCCACACAGGCGUGUUUACAAGCCAGAGGGACAACGCACACACACCACAGCGUAAACACAACACACACCUCGCCGACCACGCACACCUCGCACGCCACGCACACCACGCCUCCGGGGCACACACAGCAUGGCACGGUCCCCAGGUUUCGACAGACACUGCAGCUACCUCCGUCAUCAUAUGGCUCGACCCCUCGGAGUUUAGAGAGUGUCGAAAUUGACCAGAAGCUGCAGGAGAUCAUGAAUCAGACCGGCUUCCUGACGCUGGAUGGGAAGCGCUACCGGGCUGACAUCAGCGAGCUGGAAACCCUGGGUGAGAUGGGCAGCGGCACCUGCGGGCAAGUGUGGAAAAUGCGCUACAAACCAACGUCGCACAUCCUGGCCGUCAAGCAAAUGCGUCGCUCGGGCAACAAGGAUGAGAAUAAGCGGAUCCUCAUGGACCUGGACGUGGUGCUCAAGAGCCACGACUGCCCCUACAUCGUGCAGUGCCACGGCUCCUUCAUCACGAACACGGACGUUUUCAUUGCAAUGGAGCUGAUGGGGACCUGCGCAGAAAAAUUAAAAAAACGGAUCCAAGGACCGAUACCGGAGAAUAUCCUGGGGAAAAUGACCGUUGCGAUAGUGAAGGCUCUGAGCUACCUCAAGGAGAAGCACGGAGUCAUCCACCGUGACGUGAAGCCUUCGAACAUCCUGCUCGACUCCAGGGGUCGCAUCAAGCUCUGCGACUUUGGCAUCAGCGGUCGCCUGGUGGACAGCAAAGCGAAGACCCGGGGCGCCGGCUGCGCUGCCUACAUGGCGCCUGAGAGAAUAGAUCCUCCGGACCCAACGCACCCUGACUAUGACAUCCGGGCGGACGUCUGGAGUCUGGGAAUCUCACUGGUGGAGCUGGCCACGGGACAGUUCCCAUACCAGAACUGCAAGACAGAUUUUGAGGUGCUAACCAAGGUCCUUCAAGAAGACCCUCCUCUCCUGCCAAGCGACAUGGGCUUCUCACUUGACUUCCAGGCGUUCGUAAAGGACUGCCUUACGAAAGAUCAUCGCAAACGGCCAAAGUACAACAAGCUCUUGGAGCACGCGUUCCUGCGGCGGUACGAGCGAGUGGAGGUGGACGUGGCCACGUGGUUCCGCGACGUCAUGGCCUCCACGGAGUCUCCGCGCGCGGCUCCAUCGCACGCGCAGCCCUUCUCCCUGCGAUAGACGACAACGGCCACUCCGGGCCCACUGCCAGCCAUCAGAAUAAGGAUCAGGUGCGGUUGACUGAAGCUGACGUUCUGCAGCGCAGCACAAAUUAGUUCCACGAAGUGAAGUGGAUAAUUCGAAAACAAAGUUGUACAGUGAACUUGCUGCAGCGGUGAUCGCACUGUGGGCAAUGCAGGUCGGAAGCCCGACCUCUAAAUCCUGGAAAUACCGUGCGGUGGAACGAAACGGACAAUUGUGUGCUGACUUUAGAGCAUGAGCAGCUUGUACAGAACAUGUAGCGUGCAUGUGUGAGCGGGUGCACUUACAAUCAUGUACAUUUUUACAUUGUUAUGUUAUAAAAACUAAAAAUCCUAAAAAUGAGGCUGUACAAAUUGUAUUGCAUGCAUACACACGGUUUCACACGCGCAUCUCUCCGUAGCGUAAUAGUGCGCGUGUGUCCGGGGGUUGAUCCAGCCAGGUGGCGGCUUCUCUUGGAUCCACGAGCGGCUGCGACAACCCACGUACUGUCACGUGCUGAUCGAUCAAAAUGAGUGACGUGCAGCAACGCCAUUGGCUAGCACAGGAUAGCUGCAAUUUUGACAUCUCUGAAUUAUUGAUAUCCUGAGAGUUAAUUAUGGAAGCAGGCCAUAGUCAAAUUUAUAAAUUCAGGCUUGAAAAAAAAAAUUUCAAACAACACGAAGUGUAAAACCGGUCCACGGUUGUCCAUCUCUGUAUCACUGCUGCCUGCCUGUUUGCUCACACGUUUAUUGAUGGUAACUUAAGACCAAGGAGACCCAAAGUGCAGUUCUUCAGAAAUUGCCGAUGUUCUUUUUGCAUACGCGCAGCGCUAUGAACCCGGCGACCUCAGUUCGAUUCCCGCUCACGGCCAAUACCGGUCCUCGGUCUCCCCUAGGUCGACUCAGCCUCAAAUUAGUACCUGGUGUGGUGUGUAGUAAACAUCGCCUAUG